AUGGCAAAAACAAAAAAGACUGGCGUGUCAAACCGGCACAUAUAUUCUCGCAUCUCAUUCCUGUACCAAGCAGCAACAUAUCUAACAGAGGCCGGCCAAAAAGAAACCCCACACGCAAGCAGCAGUCAGAAGACCCAUUCGUCCGAGAAUAACGGCCCGGCUGGUGGUGAUGAUGCUGGUGGCCUAGCGACACAAGACCCAGCCACACCCCAGAAGCUAUCACGCCAGCUGCUCACUGACCUGCGCAACGUCACCCUCAAGUCCCAGGUCCGCAUCAGCCCGGACAUAAAGCGCUCCAUCUGCAAAUACUGCGAUUCGCUCCUUGUGGACGGCCAGACAUCCUCCUCUGCCGUCGAGAACAGGAGCAAGGGCGGCAGGAAACCCUGGGCGGAUGUGCUCGUGGUCAAGUGCUACACAUGUGGUGGUGAAAAACGCUUCCCCGUCCACGCCGAGAAACAGAAGAGGCGGCCUAACCGCGCUGCCGCGACAAAGUCACAGCAGCAGAGCGGAACAUGA